AUGGGGGGCGGGUCCACUGCGGUCCUAUCCACCGGUCUAAGUGGCCUGACACCUCGCCGUGACGUUCCCCGAUCCGAUCCCGGGGCAAUUAUAACGGGAUCCGAUCUUACCUUGGACGCGGCGUUGCGAAUUGGGGCAUUGGAAAUAGGCUCGCGGGUUAUAGAUACGCGCUGUGGCUGUAGCUGGCGGGCGAUAGCAUUGUGUGCGCUGCAGAGGCGCUUGUCAAACAGCAUCCCACCAAUUAACGUGACUCUCGGAGCUAAAAGUGGCGGUGUUACGGCGGCGGCUUUCAAGUACACCCUUGAAGACCUGCCAAGAGAGAAAAAACUACGACAACCCUCUGGACGAGCGGAGAAUUCGCGUGGACCGCAACAAAAGCAAAUUGAACGCGAACAAUUGUGCGCUACGAUUCGCGAAGAUAACUCCCGUACGAGCGCGGGCGACCAGCGUCCGACCGACGCCGGACGUCCGCGCUGUAUACCGCUGUGGCCGGUACCACGAGAGCAAUGUUUCGAUUCGUUGAAACACCAUCGCUGGCUCGGUGAGUGGGAACAGCGAUAG